UGUAAACAAACGUUUUCGGAAAAUGGACUGGAAAUGCCGAGGUCAAUAUUUUAAUAUUCUCAUUUCCGAGAGAAACGCGGAACUCGGUUAACCAUUGACAUGAGAUUGAGUACAACCAACUGAAAAUUAAAAUGGAGAUCACAAAUGAGAUACCCUUGCCUGAUGUCUUUAGCUACUGUUUAGAUAAUCAGAAAUUUAGAGAACGCUGGCAGGACAUCUACAAGUUAGCUGAUGAACACAUAUGGGAAACCCGUUUGAACUGCAAAGAUUUAUUUGAUUCAGAGGAAUGGAAAAAUGGGGAGCAGUUUGUGCUGGGUCAUGAUGAAUCCGACCCAAAGAGUGACACAGCCUACAAACUGAUGUUCAACAUGAUUCUGGAACACUUUGAUAGAUUGGAACAUGAGGAUGCUGGCCAGACCCAGAGAUUGUCACAGAGAGUGAUCUAUGACAGUAUAAAGAGCAUUUAUGAAAGAAACCCCAAACCCUUCAUCUGCAGCAUGUGCCGAUUUCUGGUGGAAGAACAGAGGCUGCUGAAACAGUUUGUGGCUGUAGAGGCAAAAGCUAUGGAGGUUUGCUAUGAUGACCAAGACCAGAUCAUCAGAUACCUCGAUCAGUGCAGCAAGAACUUCAGUACUUGUAUUGACAAGUUAGAAUCCUUAGAGGAUACAAUGAAUGCUCAAGCAGGCUUUGAACAGUUAAGUGGGGGAGGAUUCAACGGAUUGAAUGCAACUGAUCAACAAAGAAAGCAGAUGGAGGCACAUCAGAAAAAAAUACAGAUGUAUGCAGUACUUCAUCAAGAUAUAACCAAUAAUCUGCAAGAAAUUGAGACAAAGGCCCUGGAAGCGGAGAACAUUCUUUCCAGGAAGAUGUCGGAUUUUAAGAAACAGUUGCAGUUGUUCUAUGUUGACCUGGUGGACCACAGACCCCCGAUUCCUACUGAAGUAGAGAGGGGGUAUUCCUGGCUGGGACAGAUACUUUAUGAUAUUUUACAAUAUGCUUUGCCUAAACUUGAAUUAUCAGCAGCAACUGAUGUCACACAUAGCAUCAGCUGUACUCUCAGAAAAUGCUUUGAAAGGCUUCUACAGAGUUCCUUUGUUGUGACGGAACAACAGAAGCACAUAAUUAAGGUGGAACUUGGCUCAAAAAAGAGGAAUAAAGAAGCAGAGGAAGGAGGAGAGGAAACAGCUAAUCAAAAGUUUAGAUGUCCGAAGUUCUUUGGCUCCGUUAGACUUCUGGCUUGUGAUAACAUAGAUUGUAAAGGGAAAGUGAAGGCACAGUUUUGUAAUGAGUCUGAGGUCAAUGAGAAGUUUCACAGUGGUAACUGGGACAGUCCUUGUGAGAUCAGACUAAAAGCCAAAACCGAUGAAUCCACUUUCGAGAAAAAGAAGGCAUUGGCUUCUUUCAAAAAAAUGGAAAUAGAAAAGUUUGAGAGAAAGCCUGAUGUACAAGUCUGUGAAGAUAAAUUUAGAAUUGUUUUUACCACUCGGGUCAAGGUUGCAGAACAGGAAAUACCUGUAGCAACUAUUUCUCUGCCCAUUGUUGUAACAACUGGAGCCAGUCAGAGCUGUAAUGUACAUGGAUCAUUACUUUGGCAGUGUUACAGUACCGAAAAUGCUUUUCAGUUGCCAAUAGAAACAGCAAACUCUCUAAAAUGGAUCACUGUGUUUGAUAUGCUAAACAAAAAGAUGCAAACAUUAGGAGGAAGAGAUCUCUGUAAUGAUGAAAAGGCUCAUCUAGGGAGCAGAUUGAUGCUGGAGGAAAACCCAAUACCAGAUGACAUGGACAUUCCCUUUAGAAGAUUUUGUGUGGAGAAGAUGAUGGAUAUUAAGGAAGGGGAUGACAAGAAGAAAUCUGCUACAUUUUGGAUGUGGUUUCUUGCUGUCUUUAACCUGACCAAAUCUCACCUCAGAGACUAUUGGAAUGAUGGGUUGAUAGCAGGAUUCAUUAAGAAAGAAACAGCAGAACAAAGACUGAAGAACAGUAUCCAUCCACUGAAGGAGUACACCUACCUGUUAAGAUUCUCAGAUAAAGUCAUCACUGAUGGUCAAGGUCAAAACCUGUGUGGAGCCAUCUCUGCUACAGUCUUGUACAAAAACAAAAAAGGACAGUGGAAAUGCUUCCCAACUGAUCCCUUUAAAGCAGACACCUUCAAGAAGAAGUCCCUUGCCCAGUGUGUGAAAAAUACAUGUAUGCCGGGUGAUACAAAAGUUUAUCUCUUGCAAUGGUUGUAUAAAAAUCCAACUUGUUUAGUCAGGACAGAGGAGGCAUUUGAGCAGUACAAUACUGAAAGCAAAAGCAAGGGAGAAACUCCAGGUUACAAGAAGUUUGAGGAAAUUCUGAUUGUCACCUUGAAUGAUAUGAAUUUAGAUGAGGACUCAUCUUCAGAAAGAAAGAGAGAUAUUAAGAAAGCAGUGCCUCCUUCAAAGAAACGAGAGGGAGCACACAACAGACCUGGAGUAAUAAAAAAUAAACGUUUAUCUGAGCCACAGCGAGAGCCAAAUGUCUACUCAGAUGGGCAGCAGCAUCCCUCUUACUCCCCAAUGUCCCUGCCCCCAGAGUCUCCUCAGAUGCAGAUCAUACCUCAGACUGUACUGGAAUUCAGUGGGGGUGAAUCACAAGACAGCAUGGGGAGCCAGAGUCACACCACCCUGUACCAGAGGGUACCCUUUAUGCAGAAUUCUCAGCAAGUCAUAAUGGAGAAUUCAACCUUCAGUUCUGCCCAAACAUUCAACACUAAUGGGAGUCUAUCUAGUACGCAUCCUACAUUGUCUGGAAUGCUUGGUUCAUCAAAUGCUAAUAAUUUUCAGACGAUUGAUGAAAAUGCACUUGGUAACACAUUUCUGCCACAAAAUAUAGACCCUGGCUUUCAGGACAUAGCAGUAUAUGCUCAGCAGCAGACUAGCCAAUCUCCUGUCAUGUACAGCAAUACUCCACAGACUAGUCCAGCACCAUCCAUGUAUUCCAUGCAGCAACCAAGUCCAGCGAAUUCUGUCCAUUCCCUACAGAGUCCGGACCACAGCACCCAAUUUGUUUCCAUGGCAUCCACCGUUUAUGCCCCAGUCAAGACAACAUCUACAACAGCAGGACAGAAGCCAAAACCAAACAUUGAAGACCAGAUGUUGAAGUUCCAGAAACUUCAAAGAAAGAUUGGGGGUUGCAGUUCAGAAUCUGCUGCACUGCCACCACCAAUUUCCCCAGCCUAUUCACCCCAUGCUGCUGCUACCCUUCAGUCUCCUCCACACCAGUCCUUUUCUCAUGCUGCAUCUCCAGCUGGGAGUAUUCAGACUAGCAGUAUGCAGUCUCCAUGCUCCCAGUCCAUGUUCUCUGAUGCAUCAUCUCCAGCUGGUAGUGUGACAUCUACAGCAAUGGAGGAAUCCGUAAUGGAGAGUUUGGAAGCCAUAUUGAGUGAUCCAACCAAUAAGAAUGAACUCAUUGAAAACCUAAAAGGUGCUUUCAAUGAGGUAAAUUCUCUAACUCUCAUGCCAGGACUCCAGACAGGAGAAUUUAUGUCAUAGAUUACACCUUAUCAGGAGACAGAUGAAGGCAAUUCGUCCAUUACAGAAUGAUACAAUUCAUAAAUUUGCAGUUCAAUUUUAUGUGUCUUGCACAUCUAAUAUUUUUAAGCAUCCAUCCAUAUUAACUUAUAUAGCAGUUGAAUUAUUUGAGCUUUGCACUGUAACACAACCUUAUUCCACUUUAUUAUCACAUAAAUUUUACUUUUUGUUUCACAGUAUGAUAUGCUAAUUUUUUUCCCUCUUUACCAUUUUUUUUUUUUUUUGGUUUGCAUAUUUAUGUCAUUAUUUAAUAUUCUAACAUUGUAAAAUUUUGUGUUUAAUUUUUUAUAGUGAGUUAACCAUAGCAGACAGAUUAAUGACAGUUUUAAUGAAAUGGGUCUCUGAACAAAAAAAAUCUUGAGAGGGCUCCAGGGGUUAGAUUUUCAUCUGGCAUACUGUGGAAUCAUCAUUGUUUGGUGGGGACCAAUGUUCAAGGAUCACCCUUUUCCAUGAAUUUACAUACCCAUAAACAGUAACUUCGUCAACGUAUGGGUUCAUUGAAUGUUUUGUAAAUACAAGUUACCCACAAAAUUACAUCCUCAUGAACCAGUAAAGUUACUGUGUCCCACGAACAUUGACCCCUACAAAUUAAAAUUAUUCCACAGUAUUGGUAUUUAAAUUAACAAAAGCAUCUUGUCAUUGAAAAGCAAAAAUUUAUAUACCUGGAGAUUUUUUCCUCUGUCUUUGAAAAGAUAUUACCGGUAAUUAAAAUUGUUGACAUGCCAAGUCAAAUUUUGAGAGAAUUUUCAAAAGAAAGUACAUGUUUAUACACAUCUGUAAAUUCCUUAUUUUAUGGCAGUAUCUUAUUAAGCAGUAUUGAUAAACUGGAACUGAGAUUCCAAAAGAAUCAAUUGAGUAGAAGAGGUGAAUUUUCUGAGAGAAAAUAUGAAAAAAAAGCAUAAAAUAAGGAAUCUACAGAUUUUGCUCACGGGCUACAUGCACUAACUUGUAAAAUAACAGAACUUAUAUGUAAAUUGUAUAUAUUUUUGUAACAUAAUGUACAGAAUAACGACAUUAAAACGUAGCAUUUGUUUAACAUUGAUUGAUGCUUAAAUUGGCCUGUUCAACAGGGUAUACAUACAUUUUUAAUGUAUAAUCAGAAUUUCUUACAUUUGUUUAGAUACCUUUUUCCUGUAAGGAAGGUAGAGAUGCAAGUUUUGAUAUUCCAUUGAAUGUCUAAUCUUAGCCAUUAACUAUUUGUAGAACAUGUACAACAAUAUAGCACUUUUCUCCUCGGUCAUCAUUUUCCUCAGCGAGAAAAAUUUCACCACACUCUUUUCCCAGGAUUGUUGAGUUUGAAAAAAAAAAAUCAAAAUUGAAACGAUUAUUUAUUGCAAUUGUCUAAAAGUUAAUGAUAUAUAAUAUGUAUUCCAGAAGAGCAAUAACAAUUUCAAAAGUCUGAUCUUUAGAUUUCUGCCAUGUAAAAUUACCUGUGUGACAGUUAUGUGAAUUUAAACCCAAAGUGCACCACUUCAAUAAGGUAUAUUAUGUAAGUAAAAAUACUUGUAGGUACUUGUUAAUGUAUCUACAGGUAAAACUGGCCAGAAAAGUGCAUACUGUAUACAUGUUUCUCUACCCAUUAUGAUGCAUAAAUUUUUCAUUAGUAAGCAUAAAUUUUGUGAAGUGCUGGAGUUUUGAUUUUCAUCAGUUUGUGCUUGCAAUAUUCAAGUGUGCCAUAACUGUAAUUACAUUCUUUGCUUUUGAUAUUAGUGCUAAAUGUGGCAAUUAUUACCUUUGUUUUAUUUUGCACUGUAUUAAUAUCGCUUUUAUUUGACUUGACAUGGUAGUAAUUUCAUGAAUGUACACGUGGUCAUUAUCUACUUUUAAUUUUUAGCUUAAACCAUUUGAUAUUCAUGAAAAACAAAAAGUGCCCUCCACUUCGCACACUUUGUGUAUUUAUAAUCUCCUUCAAAGUGACCAUAUCACUUCAUAAUUUUCUUUGUUUUCUUUUUUAAAGUAUAAUGUUUGAAUUAACACACAAUUAUUUCAUGUUCUCUUUAGGGCACUGUGCUUAUAAUGAUAUUAAAGGAGGGCAUUCACACAAUUUUCUUUUAUUUUUGCACUGUCAUGCUUAUAAAUUACUUUUGUUCCAUCUUCUUGCAGAAAAGUCUUAAAAUCCCAGUGAAAAAUUUUGUGUUCAAAAACUAUGAACUCAAAUAUUUUGACAAUAAAUUUGCACAAGCCAAUAA